UCGUGAGUAUAGCGUUCUGCGGCUAGGUUGUAUAUUUUAGGUUAAAUAUUUUUUUCAAAAAACAAAAGCCAUUGUAUUUGUGUAAGUGUACGUGCGCAUUUGAUAAUUAUGGGGAAGGACGAAACGUCUACAAAGAAGCGGCGCAAACUGAAUACAAGCUCUUCAAGUGAUACUUCAAAACAAAUAGUUCCUGUUGAUGUUUACAAGCGUGUUGUGGAGUUUGAGGAAACAGAAGCAAAGUUGCGUCCACCUGAGAAAGAUGCCUACUUAUUUAAGAAAAUAUGCCAAGAUGUGCGGCAACUUUUUGCUGACAUUGCUGACUUGAAAGCAAGGGAUACAGACGAAGCCAAGGAGAAAAUAAAUGCAAAAAGAGUAGAAGCUUCCUUACUCUUAGUUGCUCUGAAGAAACUCAACCGUUUAGAAAAGGUCCGGACUAGAGCUGGUCGUGAAGCACUGCACAAGGAAAAACAGAGAGUGGACUCUACACAUUUGCUGCUCCAAAACCUGUUGUAUGAGGCUGAUCACCUCAAUAAAGAAGUUACUAAAUGUUUGCAAUUCAAGUCUAAGGAUGAGGAGAUUGAACUUGUUCCACUCGAAGACUUUUACAAGAAUGCACCUGCUGAUAUAGCUCGUCCUGAAAUAACAAAAAUAGAUGAACAUCAGCUUCAACUUGCUAGGCUGGAGUGGGAGUUACGCCAACGACGCGACCUUGCGGCGUCGUGCAAUGAACUUAUUGCUUCAAAGGAACGUGUGGCGGCUGCGAUUGCAGCAGCGCGAUCGCGACUUGAUGCCUUAGCACCACACCUUAAAGAUGUAUUGAAAGCUACUAAACCUUUGCAGGAGUGCUUAGCACUCAGACUAGAUGAGAAGAGAGAUGAAGCAAGGGCAGCUGCAUUACUGCCAGCACCCUUAUUCUUACUCUAUGCUAAUUCUAGUGCAUAUUCCGAUGUACUAGGCACUAAGGUCGUCACUGUAGCCAUAUCUGGUGAUGAAGAUGAAGCAAGAAGAUUGGACCAAUUAAAUAAUGUAGAACAAGAACUUGUUGUGUCGAAUGACUCCGAUUCUGAUCAAGACAUUAAUGAUGAUGACACCAGAGAGAAGAAAAAACGCCACCACAGAAGUGCAAAAAUAUCGAAAGAAGAGAAAGCUGAAGCAAAGAAAAAAGAAGUUCUUAGGAAGCAUCCACUCAAUGUGCAAGUUACUGUUAAAGUGCAAGAUGGCACUGGCCUCACUUUAAUUUUCUCAUAUCUACUGCAUCUAAAGAUUGUCGUGGUAAAGUUUACUGUCUCAUUGAUGAAGCCUGUGGUGGGAGUUUCAGCAGCAGAUGUGUUAAAUGGACACUGCAUUUUAAAUGAGCUCUACCCAGGAGAUACGGGCAGUGAUUCCCCACAUUCUGGUACAGCAUAUCUGCUCAGUGCUGCUGGUAUAAUUGACGAAUUUCAGCAAUUCAUACCAGAAAUUGGCCGGCCAUACAUAUGGGCUCAAAGAAUGUGUGGGUUGGACUUUAUGGCAGCUCUUUUAGAUGAUCAUAAAACAAACAGAGUCAUUCAACCUAGUCAAAAUCUGAGUGUAACUACAGUCGAAAAUUUUAUUUUGACUUUGAAAAAACGGCUAAAGUCUAGAGUAGAACUAAUGAAGGAAUUACAAGAUCUGGAAUCUGGUAAGAUUAUCCCGGACAAACAAAGUGCCCCUUGUCCUAUCAGAGUGUCAGGAUCUUUGACUCAAUGGCAAUCAGUUGCUUGGCCUGAAUACAGUCAAUCUCCUUCAACAGCUUUCCUUAUAUCUGAAGGUUUGGUUAGUGCCAAUGAUAUGCUGUAUAGGGCCAUUAUUACUCGUCAAUCGGCAAAGUUAGUGGCGUUAGUCGCUUUAAGGAGCGAUUAUCCAACGAAAGCUCCGAUCUUUUCACUAACUUUGCAUUGGAAUGGAAAUCAUCACGCUGGUAUCAAUGAUGACAUCAGAGACAUUGAGAGAGUAGUUAACACUGAUUGGGGGUUAGAUCACAAGAAGUAUACUCUUUCUGCGCAAAUGGCUAAGUUACUGACUUGUCUCGACAUACUUUUGGAAACUACUGGAUCGUCGGAGUUCCCGCCCGACAAAGUUAUGUUUAGACCAGUCCGUGGCCGCAACAGGAGCAAACCUUACAAGUAUUUGAAACAAGGGUCUGGUGUUUUUGUGCAGUAUUGAAAAUAGGCUCCAUAUCCUGAAGAAACCUACUAUAAUAAUAAUAUGUUUACAAAAA